GGAGGUGGUGGUGGUGGGGGUGGCGGCGACAACAAGGAGAAACGCCGGAAGGAAUCGAUUCUGGAUCUUAGCAAAUACCUUGAGAAGACGAUCCGUGUUAAGUUUGCCGGUGGUCGCGAAGCGGCCGGCGUGCUGAAGGGCUACGAUCCUCUGCUAAACCUCGUGUUGGACAAUACGAUAGAGUUCUCGCGCGAUCCGGAUGACUACAAGCUGGCGGACGAUACACGGCACCUUGGGCUGGUCGUGUGUCGCGGAACGUCCGUGGUGUUGAUCUGUCCGCAGGAUGGCAUGGAAUCGAUACAGAAUCCGUUCAUCGCCCAGGAAGGCUAGCGGAGGCCGAUAGGAGCGUCGCCGAGUAAGCGUUGCCAUGUAGAUGGCCACCUUGCUGUGAUUUUGCUUCACCUUUCAGCGGACUAACCCCUCGCUUUCAUGCAUUUUUUUGCUCAUUUUGCGUAACAUUCCCUCGGUUGUUAGGCAAAUGAUUCGUUACAGCAAGCGUUUUGGAGCUGAUUUCUUUCACUUUUUGUUACCGUUUAUGGUUUUGUUUUCUUUCUCAUCAUUCUCUUCAUUCAUUACACACCACCCAUUCAAUAGUAAAAGUUGUCACCAGGCAUCCCGGGCAACACCCGGGCAGGAAUUGAUGGCCUGUGGCGUUGAACAUGCCUCUAGGUUUCUGAAUGAUCGGUUAAUCGAUCGAUUUAUUAGCUUAAAUUACUACUCGCUACUAUGUGCUACGGUUCAUCUGCUGUCCGAGCUAUGUCGAUCGCUGCCGAUCGUCUCACCCCGUGAACGUGGACAUGUUCUGCCAUCACUUUCUGCGUGGUUGUUGGCCGGUGAAAUAGUUGUUAAAAAUGUAACCAAUAGAAACGGAACAAUUACAAUAACACGAUACCGGGAAUGUUGACCGUCAGUAACAGUAACAAAUGGACGGUCUCGAACGAUCAAAGAAAAACGUGUACCGAUCGCCCGAUUUAAGCGUUCGUUCAACAGAAACAAAAGGAAAUACAAAAUACUCAAUGUUAUGAGUUAUUUCUCUUGUAAAUAAAUUCCAA